AUGGUAAACAGUAGACGUACACCGACAACUCCAGAUGAGGGGGUUGACCCUAUGAAGGCUGCUCUUAUUGGCAUGCCCCAGGCUAUACGAGAUCUAGUCCAAGAGCUAAGAGCAGGUAAAGUUGAUAGGGUUCAGGACUUCAAUCAGCAAGGGGCAAGACCAGCAGUUGGUGUUGACCAACAUUGGUUGAUAGAGUUCAGGAAGCAUCAGCCUCCAUCAUUUUUGGGAGAGUAUGACCCGGAUGCGGCCGCUAAAUGGCUGCGCGACUUGACCAAGAUCUUUAGAGUGAUGGAGUGUUCUGACUCGCAGAGGGUAAAUUUUGCUACUUACAUGUUGCAAGGAAAUGCUGAUUGGUGGUGGGAUGGUGUCAAAGCCCAAUUAGAGCAACAGGGGACCGAGAUUACGUGGCAGGUAUUUGAGGAGGCUUUUCUUAACAAGUAUUUUUCCCGGGAUGUCUGUUCUUACAAUGUCCGCGAACAGAAGGAGAUGGACUUUGGUGCACUGAAGCAAGGAAGCAUGACUAUUGACGAGUACACAACAAAGUUUGAAGAUUUGGCCCAAUACACCAACGAGGGAAGAAGCAGGAGCGAUGAGCAAUGGUUGGUUUCAAUGUAUAAGAGGAACUUGAGGCCAGAGCUGCAAUUUAAGCUAGUUGGCUUUCUAAUUAAAGACUUGACCACUCUAAUCAAUACCUGCAUAGUCCUAGAGCAAUGGGAGGAGACAAAGAAGGCUAGGGUCAGUGGCCCCGAUAGAGAUGAGCAACAUAAGGGGGUAGGUCAGGUCAAGGGCAAAGCCCUCCAACUACAGGUUCAGGGAAACAAUUAA